GACCCCUCCCUUGUAACUCUUCACUGUUCGUUUUCACAACGCGGACAGACGACACACGUGUGUAUUGUGUACUGAUGACAGCGAGAGCGCAUACUUGAAAUUUUAUAAUCGGAAUAGUUAUAAUCUCUUAAGCAGAAUAUCAUGGAGGAACCAAGCAGUGAAGCAUGUUUGAAGGUGUUAAAAGACGCUAAAUCUGACAAUGAAAGAUUUGCUGCUUUAUUACUGAUUGCAAAACUGACUAAAGCAAAAACUCUCUCAAGUCAAGAAAGGGAUGAGUUGUUGUCAGCAAUUGGUUUGAAGUUCAUUAUCAGGCUUCUGAAGUCUAAGACUGCCCCAGAGGGAUGUGCCGUUAGUCUGUAUCAGUCGAUUGCUCUCAGUAUUUUGUCUGGUCUGUGUACUGAACCUCACCAGAUUGCUAACAUAGGACUGAAGAAAAAUAUUGAAACCUUAAAUGGGAUAGUGUUGACGAACACAGGUGAGGAUGAGUUGGAGACAGCUAUGGUCGCUGAUUGUUAUGACAUACUACAAAACCUGGCUGCCACAGCAGAUGGAUGUGAUCAGCUGUUGGCUAACUGGACACAAGUUACACUGUGCCGGGUCAUCCUGGACAACCUGAAUGGAGCGGAUAGAGCAGAGGGUGUGUUGAGGUGUAUGUUGUCUGUGGCGGGACCCAGGGUGUGGCUGACACACAGACAGACUAAGCUUCUUCACAGCAUGAUGGUGCAUCUUGUACGAUCAUUCAACAAGUUUCAGGAUGACAACAAAUUUGAAAUGUGUGGCUUCCUACAACAAAUGCUUCAGAGUAUUCCAGAUGAAAUGGUUGAAGAAUGUAAGAAAAGUACCUGGCAGCCUGUCUUAGUGAAAACGAUGAGGGACAUUUUUACCAGUAGACUAGGUGAGGAGCAGCGGAAUCCCACUCUGUGUCUGGUCGCUGUGAUGAUUGACCGCCUGGGAGUGACCAUAGUCCUUCCUCCACUGACCCCUGACUGCCAACUUCUCCUGGUCAUUACUCACCUGAGCUGUAUAGAAAUCAGGAUGAUUUUAGAAAAUUUCCCAUUUGAGCAGGUUGUGGAGAGGGCUGAUGUGUUGUGUAGCUGUUACCUGUUGAUGGAGAAUAUCAUUUACUACAUGACCAUGUCCCCAUCACUGAAGCUGGAUGAAAAACAGGUUACACAACUCCACCAUGCCAUGGUUGGCUCUGUCAAUGCUAUCUUGGGUUUUCUCCGGGAAGUCUCAGAGAGGGAAAACUCACAUACAUACCCUGAGCCAGUAGUGAUUGCCACUGUCCGAGUGCUUGGUGUCUGGAUGUCUGAGGAGACCUCCGCCCUAAAGGAGCACACAUAUGCCUUGCUGCCUUUUCUACUCAAAGUCUGUAAACAACAGGUGCAAUCAAGAAAUAUGACAAAAGUCGAUGAUGAUAAAAUCAAGAAAUGUCUCAAAACAUCAACAGGGCCAUCUAAACAACAUGAGCAAGAUCCUGUAAACCAUUCAGAGAAACCUUCCCUAAAGGAAGACACUGCUGGUCCAGAGGGUUCAUCUUCAAUGGUCAACUCUGGGUCAGAGGUCAAACAAAGCAGUAGUCCUGCUGAAGAUACUAUUUCUGUUUCUAUGGGACAAUGCAACAUUAAAUGUGAUUAUAAUUCAGACAAUUCCAGACCAUCUGAGGAAAAACGUGUGUCAGACGAGGGAGAUAAAGUGCUAAAUACUACAUAUCACAAGGAAACAAACAACAAUGUGACAGACAAACCUAAACCUAAAUCAGUGUCAUUUAACACAGAAGUCUGUGGAGAUUGUGGAACUGAUGGUAGUGGGUAUGGGAUCAAAUCUGACACUGAAGGUGACCACAGCUGUAAGGAUAUCGAUUUACUUCGAUUUCUGUUACCAGCAUUCUGUCACUUGAUGGCAGAGGACGAGUCACGCCAGAUAUUGCUUACAAACAAUACACAAACUCUACUAGUCGAUUACUUUAAGCAGUGUCUCAGCACAGUCUUGGAGGGAGAUGAUCUCAAAGAGGCAAAGGGAAGUUUGCUGGUGGUUUGUGGAGCCCUGAUGAACCUGGUGGUGUUGGAGAAAGAUCUGAUCAAUGAGGAUAAGGACAUGCACAUCCUAUGUCAGGCUGUGGUGGAGGCUGUACCACUCCUCUUUAACCAAGAAGACUAUCUGAUUGCUUGGUGUAACCUUGUUACAUUGGGAAUGUUCCUGUUACUUCGACAAUACAAAACCUCCAAAGUACUUUCUGACCAGAAAUCGAAGUUCUUCACCGUGGUGAUGUCAUUUGUGAAGGGUCCGUUCACCAGUAAGACCCACAAACAGGUGGAUGUGGUCGAGAUCAGCGACAUCUACACACCCGUAUGGGAGGAUGUUUCUGAACUGUGGCAUCUUACUCUUCAGGCCAUUUGUGAGUGUAUCCCUCUGUUUCCUGUGCUUUCUCACACACUGCUGUCCACUGGAGUUUUACCUCACUGGAAAAAACUCUUAAAUAAGAUCUCGGGUAAGGGUGUCCCAGACAGCGUUCAGCACAGCAUACUAAACCUGAUCACAGUUGCAGUCAAAACCAGCCCCAAAGUACGAGAAGUUGCCAAGACAACAGGCUACCUUGACAUAUCACAAACUUACAAGCAGACAGAACUACAAAGCUUACUGACUUAAAACUCGCAAAUCACUGUUCCACACACAUCACUGACUUCAACCAGGAGAAAUAUCGACGAGUGAUCCACACACAUCGCUGACUUGAACCAGGAGAAAUAUCGAUGAGUGGUCCACACACAUCGCUGACUUGAACCAGGAGAAAUAUCGAUGAGUGGUCCACACACAUCACUGACUUGAACCAGGAGAAAUAUCGACGAGUGGUCCACUCGCAUCACUGACUUGAACUAAGAGAAAUAUCGACGAGUGGUCCACACACGGCACUGACUUCAACCAGGAAAAAUAUUGACAAGUGUUCGACACACAAUUGUUUGAUUCGUUUUAAAACAUUUACUGCAUCAUAAAAGUGCAUAUUAAGUUUUACUACAAGUGUUAGUCUUGUUAUUCUAGUGGUACGUCUGAACCUGGUAUAUCUGGCACUAUAUCUGUAUUUAUAUGAUUUAGAAAUGGAUGGUCAGUUGGCACAGUGGUAACACACUUGUCUUUAACAUCGGCCCGGGGUAGACUCCUCAAUCAGAGGUUUUCCCCGGUUACUCCGGUUUUCUCCCACAGUAGGACCCCUUGCGCACUGCCAUCAAGGCAAACAAACGUGAUCAAUAUACAUGUAUGUUGGUAUAACUUGUUUCGCAAUUGUGUAACAAAUAAUGUUCAAUUUUUUUUAAUUUUUUUUUUUAUCUUUUUGUCCUUCGGAGUCAUGUUUUCUAAUAAUUCACAUAUAAAAAUGGUGCACCUUAUGUUCGUAGCAACUACAUACUUUAUGGUGAGCUUUUGAAAAGGGAAUUUCUAUGGUGAUGUCUCCCGUGAUAGAAUAAAGUGCUGUACAAUUAAUUCUUAUUCUGUUUAGUUCAGUCUGAUGUUGAAGGUACAUGUACUAAAAAGAUCACUUGUCAUUCAGUUUUGAGUACAAUUAUAUUAGUCUAUUUACACAAUUUAUUGACAACAAAAGAAAAACUUUAACAUUUCUGAUAUCGUGUAUCACGAGAGAUAAAAUUCAUAGAGUGGCACAUGUAUCUAUAUAGAUCAACGUUAUUCUGUAAUCGGUCAGCCUUCUGUUUACACCGGUGGACCAUUGACAAUAUCAAUAGCCCAAUAGGUAGUAAAGUUACUUCUUUAGGUGUAUUGACAGUUGGGUGUGUUGUGUGUCAUCUCCGCCGCCAAACAAAAGGAGCCCAUACUACAGAUCUAGACAUACGAGCAUGUUCAUGCAUGACCGAUCCUUUUGGACAAUUUCUGUGAAUUGUGCGCAUAGUAUCUUUUCAACAAACUCAUGCACAUACUAUAUAUGUUUUGGCAGCCGGUUUAAUUUGGAGACUUAAUAAAAUAACGAACAUCAAAAUAAAUAUCAAAUAUA